AUGAAAAUGGCUACCAGAAUGACAACUACCUUGCUUUGUAACAUGAUAUUUCUGCUGGCAUUUGGAUUGGCUUCAGCUUUUAGCCACAGCCCCAGGACCCCUGACAGGGUUUCUGAAGCAGAUAUUCAGAGGCUCCUCCAUGGGGUUAUGGAGCAACUGGGCAUUGCCAGACCCCGGGUAGAAUAUCCAGCGCACCAGGCUAUGAAUCUGGUUGGUCCACAGAGCAUCGAAG